UCGAGGACGAAUUUCAAAAAUGGUGGUGAAAUAUGUCACGGUAUUCCGAGGCACCGGGUUCGAGUCCCGGUCUGGCUGCACAUUUUUCUCACCCUAUGACAUUGUUCUGGCCUCAGUUUCCGUAAUACUGGUCCUGGCCUCCGCUUUUUGUAUGGUCCUGGCCGCCAUUUCCGAUAUACUGUUCCGAUAUACAGAUCACUUAUUAUAUACUGGUCCUAGCUACCACUUAUUAUUAUUAUUAUUAUUAUACCAGAUUUAUAUAGCGCCCUUUUCACUUCUGAUCUGUGCCGCAAAAUAUAAGAUACUGAUUAUGGCCGCUACUCCAAAGAUAUAUAUUGGUACAGGUUGCCACUUGUAAUAUGCUGGUACUUCUAAAGUACUUGUUCUGACAGUCAUUUCUAAUAUACAGGUCCUUGUUCGGAGAAAUUAUGUAGAUAACUUAAAGACGUUUUCCUUACUCCAUUUUAUACAUACAUAAUAUGAUUACAGAAAUCCUCCUGCAUUUAUAAACAAGUUACAGCAUGAAUGCAAUUAUUCGAAGUGUUCAGGUAACUCAGACUUUAUUUUAUCCCAGCUGUGACACAAAGCAACCAAUAAUCAAUGGAAACAUCUCAGGUACGUCUUCAUAUAACCGAUUUAUUUUUGUCCCAAGAAACGGUGUUUCGUCACUAUCUGAUAACAGAAGAUAUAGGAACUGUGCCUUUGAACAAUGUGUUUAUUUUUUCAUCCGGCAUUCCCUAGAAGGAUAGAUGUAAACACUGUGUAAGGUGACCGAAAUAAAAUUGGACAAUUCCUGAUAAUUACUGGCAAUGGACUAGAGAGGACUUAAGGACAGAUACCAGCAAACUGACUCCUCCUGCAGGUCUGCUUCAGUAAUAAUGGCUGUAAAACACAAAGGAAGAAAGAUGAAAGUCAAUGAUGACGACAGCAAAGAAAGUGGAUUAAAACUGCAUAAAACUAAUUGUGACACGCUGUAUCGGUGGUCCAUGUGGCGGAUGUAUCUUAAUGAGGAAUUGUCUCGCGUGAUCUCCGCGAGACGAGAUCAUUUGGACUAUUCGAAUUCUGUAUUCAGUGUGACCUCACCAUAUAUCAGACACCCUGACGGCAAAGUGUACGGUCAUCAAAUGAAGAAACUAUUUAAAAGGAAUAUGAAACAUUCCCAUUCAGGUGAUAUUUUAUCUGACAAUGUUUACCUUGUGUAUGGCUUACCGCGAGUUUCUAUAAAAAAUCGUGCGCCAGAGGAGGUUCAAAAACUUCACGAGUCUGUGCAUGAACUAGAAAUGCUUCAUAAACAACGAGACAGACAGUCAGACGAUAGUGCUGGAGCAGACGAACAAAUUUCUAAACUGUUUGACUUUGUUACAUCUGAUGACACGGUUAAUGACAAUUAUGAAUCCGUUCGGCUUCUCGGAGAAACUGAAAAAUACCAGGGCAUUUCUAAUUCAGGAGCCGAUUUCUCAACUACUGGUGUGCAAAGCGCAAGUUCUGGUCACAUAAAAGACGACUUACUUGCUAAAUUAGACUCGUCGUCAAAUGGCAAUACCAAAGAUGGUGAUAAAGUUGACAUAAAUAUGACAACUAAGAGCCAGAAGCAUAUUCCUCCCGUCAGCAAAAGCCGUCUGUUUUGGGAAAGGCUGGCUCAUAAGAAAUCAGAAAUCAUAGACAUGGGAAAAGAUAAACCAGACAUAAAAGAUAACCACGAGCAUACCAUGAUCUCUGAUGAAAUUCUUCAAAAGCAGCAGAAACUUUUGAAAAAGCCCACACCAAAGAGAACUAGCAGAGAUCUUUGGCGUACACUGAGGGAAAGGAAAACAGAAAUAUUACAACUCCGUGAGAUAACUGAAGGUCAGAAAAACGAACACGGAAACCAAAUUAAGAGGCGCGAGAGCAAGACAAGCCAACUUUGGGGAUUUAUAUUCCAUAAAAAGAAGGAACUUGUUCCCUUAAAACGUGGGAAUAAAGUACCGAUUGAAGUCACAAAGAGCCAUAAUGGAUAUGGACAGAAAGGGUUUGCUUUAGAAUCAAAUGAUUCUAAACCAAACAUAUCACCGCGGAACUUUGAAGAUUCAUUCCAAAAAGAAUUAGCCGCGCGAUUAAAAAAGAGACGCGAUCAUCUGGAACCGACUCUGGAGAAUACAGAAUAGUGGAUUAUAUCUACGGGCAUUACAUAUGGUCUUCCAUAGAGUCAUAAAGAUAUUUUCCUUUUCUUGUGCGCCAUUCAUUAUUACCUGGCGUGUUAUUCCUUAUCAUUAAGCUUAUGUGACUGGAAUCAUGAAGCACAUUUAAGUAGACCACAGUAACGGCAAACAUAUACGGGCACCGAUACUUUUACAAUAAUUAUUCAUGUCUAUGUGGAUGUACACGCUCGCUGCAUAUUUCAAACAUUUUUGUCGUCUAAGGUUCUGAAUUCUUGACAAGAAAGGUAAAUAAUAUAAGAUACUGAAACUCCGUAUAUGUUAUAUAUGGACAUAGGCCGACCAGUAACUUGUUGGGGAUAAACGUAAUCCGAGUCGCUUCAGUGUUUUCUUGCUACUAUAAAGACGGGGAAAAUGUAUAGUUGGAUGACUGUGAUAAUAUUUUCUUUUCAAUCAGUAGAUAGGUAACAUGUACAACUAUAUUUUGUACACAUACCUAGUACACAUUUUCAUUAUUGCUUCGUAAGAUGAAAUAUCUGCGUGAUUAAUAUGGAUCAACCCCUCGUUUAUUAUAUAUAGUACAUUUCAUGAUUGCUGGGAAAUGUGAUUGAAUUGUUUACUUUCUGUUACUGUCAGUUAGUGUCACUUAUAACAAAUUAUUUGAAGUUUUUACUUCCUGUUACGGUCAUUUAGAAUAAAUUGUAAAACAAAACAACAACACCUUCUUAUGGACAUCAUGCUGUAAUAACAUUAAGUCUUUCUGUCCUGAAAAAAUGUAUAUAACUAACGGUAAUUCACUUCCAUAUAAAAAUAAGUAAAUAAAAAGAGUAAAAAUAA